AUGCACAAGAUUAAUUAUAAUCAAUUUAUUAAUUUCAAUGAACAAACUAUCACAACAUUAAAAGCUGACUUUGCUUUAUUAUCACAAAGCCUCCUUCCAGCUGAAGGAUAUUCUUUUUUACUGAGACACUCAGCUCCACAACGUGUUCUUCAAAAAGCAAUAUUAUCAAUUUUUAAUGAUUUUGCUAAAGGUAAUAUUGAUUUUGAAACAUUAAAAGAUAUUUUUACCAUUUCUUCAGAAUCAUCUGCUAUAUCAUCUGCAUUAGUAGAUUGGAGACCUGAACCACAAGUGUAUUGUUAUGUUAUGAUUGAAUUUAUAUGUUCCAAUAAAACAAAAAUACCACCUCCAGUAUAUUGUCGGUUGAUAGAAUCAUUAAUUAAUGAUGGACAAACCUCAAGAUUAUUAAUGUUACUUCAAUACCAUAUUAUUCCAGAUGAUGAAAUUGUAGCAUUACAAUUAGUUAGUAUGAGAGAAAAAUGUGAUUUUGCAUAUCAAUUUGCAAUGGAUAUGUUAAAAAGAAUGAAUAAAAAUAAUAAUCAAAUAUUACAAAUAUUAAUUGCAAUUGGAGAUUACGCAGAAGCAUUAAUAUUUUGUAUAAAUCAUAAAGUCCAAUUAUCAAAUCACGACAUUACUAGUUUAUUGUCUCAAGUAAAAAACCCAGUUUUAUUAUUCCAAUUGAAUCAAUAUUUGCAAAAUAAUAUUAAUUAA